ACAAGUACAAACGCAUUUAUGGACAAUUCAAAACUGCCCAGAUUUCAUACCCCACUAUAAGUUCUAACGGCUUUUCAGUGGUUUAAGCCCUUGUCUAAUAUCACGGAGGUGUCUAGGCCCAGGGGCCAACUGCCGCGCGCGCCUCCCAACAUCGUACAAACAGGCGUGUGUUUGUGUUUGUGCGUGUGUUUAAUAUUUAGCCCUCCGAUAUCUAAAGUGUGAUAGCAUUUUGGGGCAGCUGGUAUAAUUCUCACGGACAUGUGUAGGCCACGUUGUUCUUUUGUUCACACUGAGAAAGCAACAUGGCGCGAGGAACAUGGGUUCUGAUCGCGCUCCUCUUAGUGGUCAACCUUGUCCUGGGAUUAGAAGAAGGCGCAAGGAAAAAAGGACAAAAAGGUGGAGGCCCUGAGGUAAAACCCGAACCAACGAAACAAUCGGAGAGGGAAAGUCAGACUAAAACGCAGGCAAGUAAGAAGGCGAAUUCGGCAUCUGGGAAGGAAGCAGCUACAUCUAAGAAAACUAAAGACAUGGAAGGUGGACAAGACGAAGUUUUUGAAGAAGAUACCGAAGAAUGGCCUCCAAACGGAGUCACGUUAGAAGACGACCCUUCCCUAUGGCCUGGGCAUUUAGAACCAGUAGGGUCCAAGGCACCAGUCAAGAGGGUAGACGCGCGCAAAGGGUUCCCCUCCCCAAAAGUUUUCCUCGAAGAGUACGCUAUCUCCUCCGUUCCUCUGUUGUUCAAAGGAGCUAUAACGGACUCAGUGGCCUACAGGAAGUGGAAUUCUGACGAUUAUUUACGGACGUUUCCCGAGGCUGCCACAAAGUUCCAUCUUGUUGUGACGAAGAAGAAAGAAGACAGAACGCAGCCUCUCUCGGAGAUGACUCUACAACAGUUCCUCGGCAGAUAUGCUACAGACGACAUCUACAUGGUCGAGACAUUGCCUGAGUUUCUCAAAAAAGAUGUUCCUAUGCCAAAACCACUUCUUUGUGAGCCGUUUAUUGAGAUGCUGCAAGAUGCGGUGUUGUGGUUCAGCAGUGGAGGAACCAGGUCUGUUCUUCACCAUGACAACCUGGACAACAUCAACUGUCUGCUGGAUGGCAGGAAGGAGCUUGUCUUCAUCAAUUAUCAAAAAUACAAGAACAAGGUGCCCAUUGACCACCCAGAUGACAGGUACUCCAGUAUGGAUGUGGAUGCUGUAGAUUUUACCAAGUACCCGGGCAUGCGUGAGGUGGAGUACUACAGGGUUAACAUGACAGCGGGGGACUGUCUCUAUGUACCAUAUAUGUGGUUCCAUCAGGUGAACUCGUACGGGCGUAACAUCGCGGUGAACAUCUUCUGGGACCACGAUGCCAAGAAGUAUGUGAAGAUGCUGUCCAAGACCUGUGGCGACGCCCCAGAUGAUACGACUCUUGCCGACUUUGAUUUCAAGGUCCAAGAGACAGAACCAGAAAACAGUCAGGAUCUACUAACCUACUUUGUUUCGUACCUUUCCAAGGAGAAAGAUGCUAACUUGACCUUCAAGAUGUUUGAGGGCAAGAUCAAGAAGGAUGACCUGGCUUCAAAACUGACCAACUGGACAGACGAGUGUACCCAAGCGGCUCAAGAGAUGUUUGAUGGGCUGGACGACAGCGGGAAUUUCGUAUUUGACUAUGAUGACAUGGAUGGUCUCACACGAGAGAAGAAGGAAGACCUGAAUGCUUUGUUGCGGGACAGGAUCCACGACCUCAGUGACAUUGCAGAUGACCAGGAAGCAGAACUAAAACAGGACUUGGUGAAAGAUGUGGGCAAGAGACAGAUGGAUAAGUACCCCGAACAGAUAAAGAAGAUGAUUGACGACCAACUGGCAGCCAUGCUGGGCCAGAAGAAGAAGCCUUCCCCAGGCCUGGACGACAAGACAAGCGAGGAGUCCUACAGCAGCAAGGAAGAGAUCAAGGACAAGUUCAGAGAGAAGCAGAGAGAGAGGGAGGAGGAGAAGAAGAGAGAAGAGCUCCUGGAGGAUGAGUUUACUGACUUUGCUGUUGUGGAGGAGGAGGAGGAAGUAGAGGAAGUCCUAGCAGAGGAUGAUGAUGAUGAGGUUGCCAUAGUAACAAAGGUUUCCAGGGAAACCAAAGAUGAUGAAUCAAAAUCAAAGGUUUCCAAGGAAACCAAAGAUGAUGCAUCAAAAUCAAAGGUUUCCAAGGAAACCAAAGAUGAUGCAUCAAAAUCAAAGGUUUCCAAGGAAACCAAAGAUGAUGCAUCAAAAUCAAAGGUUUCCAAGGAAACCAAAGGUGAUGCAUCAAAAUCAAAGGUUUCCGUGGAAACCAAAGGUGCUACAUCAAAAUCAAAGGUUUCCAAGGAAACCAAAGAUGAUGCAUCAAAAUCGAAGGUUUCCAAGGAAACCAAAGAUGAUGCAUCAAAAUCGAAGGUUUCCAAGGAAACCAAAGAUGAUGCAUCAAAAUCAAAGGUUUCCGUGGAAACCAAAGGUGCUACAUCAAAAUCAAAGGUUUCCAAGGAAACCAAAGAUGAUGCAUCAAAAUCAAAGGUUUCCGUGGAAACCAAAGGUGCUACAUCAAAAUCAAAGGUUUCCAAGGAAACCAAAGAUGAUGCAUCAAAAUCAAAGGUUUCCAAGGAAACCAAAGGUGCUACAUCAAAAUCAAAGGUUUCCAAGGAAACCAAAGAUGAUGCAUCAAAAUCAAAGGUUUCCAAGGAAACCAAAGAUGAUGCAUCAAAAUCAAAGGUUUCCAUGGAAACCAAAGAUGAUGCAUCAAAACCAAAGGUUUCCAAGGAAAGCAAAGAUGAUGCAUCAAAAUCAAAUAUGGACAAAAAAUCACAAACAGCAAAUAAACAGAAGCCACCUAGGAAAUCAGAUGAUCAUCAGGAAUUAUGAUAUUGGUGAUAAAUGAAUUGCAUUCCUGCAAAUAUUAGCCUUAAGUUAGAAAUAGUUAAGCUAAUUGCUUGUUUUAUUUUGAAUAUGUGAGGUAAUGUCAACUUGAAGAAUAUGAUCUUCUAAACGGUCAGGUUCUUUCUCUGUUGAUUUUGAAUUCAUUCCAACUGUUACUUGCUGUGUUCAACGUGCUGUCUACACAAAAGUCUCUUACUUUAACUUCAAUUGAUUAAUAAGAAUUGCCUGGAAAUGAAAUAUGAAUAUUGUGAUUCAGGUUGAGGUGCAUUGGAGUUUGUUUACAGUCCUGUAGUUUUAUCACUCGUGCAAAAUCUACGAGAAAAGAUAAUACAGUGCUUAUGGAGAGAAAUGUUGUCUUUUCAUAAUUAUCUUAUGGAGCACUUCGACAGUGUGUAUCAUAUAAAGUCGUCUUUAUGUAUUUACAAUAUCCCGUCUAUACCAUAGUUUCAAAAUGUUGUGUCGCAGAAGUUAUUGUUAUGCAACGGACGAAAUUCUGACUAAACACAUAACAGAAACCGGGAUGAAUUCUAAUGUAAUUACACGAGAACAACUCACUGUAAAUGGCCGAUAACACAUUGCAACUUCAGUCAUUGAAGACCACACCAAGAACGACACUAGACCGAGAGUUGGUUGAAAUUUAGAGUUAUCAACAAUCUCAAGUACACCUCAAAUUAUUUCAUCAAUCUAUCAACGUUUAAAAGAUAUUUAUUUCCAGACCUUUCUAUCUGAAAUCCACAACGAUAAAAGAGUUGCGACUGCAAAAAACAAACUACGAACAUACAGACUAUUAAAACAAUAUUAUAAAGAAGAAGAAUAUCUGAAGAUUGCCAAUGUACGCCACAGAUCUUCCAUCACAAAACUAAGAAUCAGUUGCCACAAAUUACGAAUCGAAUCAGGAAGACAUAACCACACUCCUCUAGAGCAAAGAAUAUGCCAAUUUUGUAGUUUAGGGAAAGUAGAAGAUGAAGUACAUUUUACUAUGGAUUGUCCUUUGUAUGAUAGCGAUAGGAACAUUUUAUUUGACUAUGUGUUAAGUAAAUAUCCCCACUUUAGACACUUGAUCAGUAAAGAGAAGUUUAUAUUCCUGACAGCUUUUGAUAAACCAACUCUAACCAACCAUACAGCUAGCUACAUUUAUGCAAUU